GAAUGCAAUAAGAAGCAAUUAUAAUGGCUAACAAAAAUUUGUGCAUCUUCAUCCUCAUAGCAACAAUAGUGGCUCAAGCUACAUGGGUUCGGGCUGCUAAGGACUAUCAGGUUGGAGAUUUCGGAGAGGGUUAUAAUGGAUUAGGUUGGGACGAGACUACUGAUUUACAAGCUUGGGUCAAGGGGAAGGAAUUCAAUCAGGGAGACAGACUUUACUUUGGUUACAAAGCUGGAGAACAUAAUGUAGUGGUACUAGCAGAUCAAGCCGCGUUAGACUCAUGUACUCUUACGAAUCCGAAAAUUCAAUCCCCUUCUUGCGGAUAUAAUUUAAUUACCUUAAGCGCCGGACCCAAUUUCAUUACCAGUGGCAUGGGAGAGGAUUGUAAGAAUGGCAUGAAGUUAAAAAUUGAUGCCAAGCCAGCUCCUGCACUAAUGAAAGGAAGACACCUGAUACUUUAAAAUUGAGGAUUGCAUGUCUUGGCUUGUAUAUAUAUAUAUAUAUGUAUAUGUAUAUGUCCCUUUUCUUGGGUGUUUGGUAAAUGAUGGUUUAUAUCGAUUAGGCAUGGAACUUCUUGUUCUGACCAUAUGUAAAUAAAUGUAAUUAAGUUCUAUAAUAAAAUGAAUUUACUAU